AUGGCUGGCAAUCAAUUCAGGGUGUACCCCGCCUACUGCCCAUCUUUAGCUUGGAUGGGCUUCCAGACCUUCUGGGAACCUCCUUUGCAAGCAAGACGGUACUUCCUGAUUCAUCAUGCACUUGAGGUCUUGCAAACCUCAAGUCCCCAGCCAUCUGAUGUUCGAGCCAUUCAAGAGAAAGAGGUGGGAGUUGCAGACGUGACCAUUCUCGUGGAUGAAACAGAUGGGAAUCUGAGAACCGACUGUUUCAAAAAGUCUUCAAAAUGUCUUACUUCUUUGAUCCAAGUUCAGAACCAAUACCUGCUUUUAAAAGAUGACAACCAAUUUGGAAUCCAGACGUUAACUAUUGCUCAGCAAGACUCGCCAAAUUGCAAAUUCAGGAUUCACUAUUACAAUGAAUCUGAUAAGAAGAAAAGGAAGGGCCGUCCUGUUAUGCUGUAUGUUAAAAAAAGCAAUUGUAUCGCAGUGGUUUGCUGUCGUAACGCACAAGAAAUUUACACAAAGGAGAAAACUGCUCUUCCAGAGAAUAUUGACGAAGACAUAGAUGAAGCUUUGUUCUACAUGAGUCAACUCCCUGACAAAACAAACACAUACAUGUUAGAGUCCUGUCUUUAUCAUAGUAAUUUCUUGGGUUUUAAGCCUUUAAAGGAUAAUCCGUGUAAGCUGACUUUGGCCUUGUAUCGUAAAGUUGAUGAAGUGGAUGAAAGCGUCGAAGUGACACUUUUAAGGAAAUAG